AUGAGACUCGACGACCUGCCCGGUGAGCUUAUUCUCCAAAUUGUUCCCCUCCUCACGAGGCAGGAUCAUGCGCAACUAGUGCUGGUUUGCAAGGAUUGGUACUCCCUGUUUAUUCCCCACCUAUAUCAACAUGUCGUGCUUCCCCUGAACGAUUAUAUUGACGCCAAAUAUGGUGACUUCCGUUGGAGCGAGUAUCUCCCUGUGCGUCGGUUUACAAUAGCUCUGCUUGAGAAUCCAACCCUCGCUCCCUUGAUCCGCUCCCUGGAGCUUUACCCUAGCUAUGGCGAGGAAAAGUGGAAACAUCGACCUCCGCUGAAGCCACCUGGGGAAGAAAAAUUCCUCCCAUUUAUGCUGCCCUUUGGAGAUGCUAAGCGCAAAUAUCGCCGCAGAUUCCGAGCGUGGCGCCAAGACCUCAAAGAUGAUCUAGAACGCGAGAUUUGGAUUAAGGCCCAACGAUAUGAAGAUGCCUGGCUGGCCUUGCUCAUGGUGCAAGUCAAGAAUCUUGAGAGAUUCGUCAUUGAAUUACCCGGAGAGUGGGAUCAGUAUUGUAUCCUGGAGCAAAAUAUGCUAGUCAAGUGUUCCGUCCACUUUGAACGGGUUAUUCAUUGGGCAAGUAACCCAAGACUGGGGAUUCUAACGCACCUAAAGCACGUCUUGUUGGCCGACGGUCCAAAUCUGCUGGAAUGGGGGCAUACUGAAGGCGCAAUUCCCUUGAAGAGGCUGAUCCCUUAUCUCCGGAUUCCAUCGCUGCGAAAGCUUUACGUGCAUAACGCGUGUGAUCGAACUCAAUUUGACAUGCCCAGUGACUCGGUCCUCCCAUUGACCCAUCUGGAUCUCCUGGCAUCCACUGAUGGCCUACCUAAUCUCUCUCGUCUGCUGGAAAGGUGUCCAAAGCUACAGUCAUUUACCCUCGAAUUGGGGGACUGGGGGGAUAAUCAUACGCACGAUUACCUGGAUCACUCGCACCUGUACCAGCCUUUACAACAAUCUCAAUCUUCGUUGCAUCAUUUGAAUUUAACUUUCCUGAGCGACCUGACUGAGCAGGAUGCCGAAAACCCAACGCCUAUCUUCUUCGGAAGGUUGACCGGAUUCCCUAAUCUCCAAACUGUCCAUAUACGGUGGGGUAACUUGCUGCCAUUUGUCGGGAAAGGGUCCUACAACCCUAGCAUACCUCUUCGGGAGGUGCUUCCACGCUCGCUGCAACAUCUCUAUAUUGAUGAUUGCUUGGUCCAGUCCUCGCGGGCCUUGUGCUGUGAACUCGAAAACCUGGUGGUACACCUUUCGGAGACCGUCCCUGUGCUCAAGACGCUCUAUCUUCGGUACGCCGUCAGAGAGCAAGCACCCGGCCAAGGAUGUAUAAAGUGUACCCUGGGUCAUUGGUCCAACUAUCGAAUGAUGGAAGCAGACCCGAUCAUCAAUGCCCGUCUACUGGAAUUACAGGGAAGGUUCGGUGCGUCGGGCGUGGAGUUCCGAAUCAUCGGACCAGGAGCCACGGCGGUGUCUUUCCCUCAGGAUGGUGCUAUCAGGAAAAAGUGGCCUCGAAGAAAACCGAGGAGAAUCAUGAGAGCUGGGGUUUAAGCCCGGUGCAAAUGGAGACAGCGGAGAUGUCUGUUUGUAAAGGGAUCGGAGAGUCAAAACAAUCAUACUAGCAUAUCAGAUUUAAGAAGACUGUCAAGAUCAAGGGGGGAGUUGGUGUGGCAUGAGGAUGUGGCAGUAACGGGGAUUGUGUGGAAGCUGUGAGAUCGGAAUGGGAAGGCAAAGGCAUGAUACACGCUAAGCUCGACCUUGCUGGACCCUAACUAUGCAUAUCACGGGACCGCUUCUAUUUGACGCCAUAACUUGAAACCAAUGGAUGUAAAGUAAGUAUUGUGUAAACCACCUCGUCUGAUACAUGAUUUGGUGACUUUCGUGGAGACCAAGGAAGUACCAUGUUUAACUGGGGACUGUACACGAGUCACUAAGUCACUAUGGAGU